CCAAAGUUCAUAUCAUCGAUGUCAUAUGAUUAAAAGCAAUUAAGGAAGUUUUUGUGAAUAAAAGAUACAUUCUAAAAACUUCCCGGAUUAGUUCCAAGAAUUUUAUUAAGAGUGAAAGUGUGUAAUUAUCACGAUUAUUUCUUCAUUUGAUAAUCAUAUAGACGGAUUCAUAUCGUUUAAGCUAUGAAAACCGUUGUUUUAUUUAUUCUGUUCAUUGGUAGUUCAGCGUUACAUCAAAUCAACCAGGACCUGGAUAGAGAAUGGCUACUUUUUAAAAAAACAUACAACAAGGCUUACGACAAUGAAAGUGAAGAUCGAUUGAGACGAUAUAUUUGGGAGACGAAUAUUCAAUAUAUUGAACACCACAAUUUGGCGGCUGAUAGAGGAGAACACAGUUACUGGCUUGGUUUGAAUCAUAUAGCUGAUAUGUCUAUUGAUGAGGUGAUCGAGAAAAUGACAGGUGGAAUGGUACCUAGAAACACAAGUGAAGGUUCUACUUUUCUUCCUCCAAAUAAUGUACAGAUUCCCAGUGAAGUAGACUGGAGAAAGAAGGGCUAUGUUACUCCUGUGAAAAAUCAGGGUUCGUGUGGAUCAUGCUGGGCAUUCUCAGCUACAGGAUCGUUAGAGGGCCAGCAUUUCAGGAAAACAGGGAAACUCGUAUCGUUAUCAGAACAAAAUCUGAUGGAUUGUUCUUCAAAAUAUGGGAACAGAGGCUGCAAUGGAGGUUGGGUAUCUACUUCAUUUGCAUACGUCAAAAAUAACAGAGGCAUAGAUACAGAAAAUGGCUACCAAUACGAGGGAAAGGUUGGAAACUGCCGGUACACGAAAUCUAACAUUGGAGCUACUAUCACAGGACACAUGAUGAUAAAACAGGGAGAUGAAAAUCAGUUAAAGGAGGCCGUAGCAACAGUAGGACCUGUUUCGGCAUGCAUUGACGUGGAUGAAAAUUUUCAGCUGUACAAACGAGGUGUAUUCAACAAUCCGAGCUGUAAGCCUUACCCCACAAAUCACUGUGUACUUGUUGUUGGAUAUGGCACACAAAGUGACGAUAAUUAUUGGCUUGUUAAAAACAGUUGGGGGAACAGCUGGGGAAUUGGUGGAUACAUAUUGAUGUCAAGGAACAGGAACAAUCAGUGUGGCAUAGCAACAGACGCCAUAUACCCACUUAUGUGAUAUCUAAUGAUGCUGAACUUUGUGGAAUUACUAAGAGUAUUUCAAUAAAAUAAUAAAAUAAAAAAAAAGAGUAUAAAAUGAGUUUUCCGUGCUCUUUCAUUCAACAAGAUGAAAAAUACAAGUUAUCAAAUCUGAUAUUAAGAGAUGUGACUAUAAACGUAUGAAAAAAUAAACUGAAAAACGUUUCAUGAUGCUCUUUACUUACGCAAAAACAGCUGUAAGCAAAUAUUACCAAUUAACCAGUUUUGUAACUAAUGCAAUACUUUUCGAAUUAAUGUUAGUUUGAUUUGUUGUAGUAAAUUUCUUAUUUUAAACAUGUAUUACAGAUGCAAUAUGCAAGAUGUACAUGCACUCUUUUCGAAAAAGUCAUGCAAUGCAAAGUAGCAUUUUCUUCACACUAUCUUAAUGUUGCAAUAUUUUCGAAAAGCAGAAAGUUUUAGAUAGUGCAGUUAUGUUGUAUCAGUUAGUUCCCAAAAGCCGGUUACAAGACUUGUUCUUAGUUUUUGUUUGUACGUCGUUUUUUUGUUUUUUUAGGAGUUGAGUGUAGUUGGUAGAUUUAGUCUGUUGUGCCGUCAAAUAUGUUUGUCUAUUCCUGAUAUCUUUUUAUGUAAAAUUUUAUUUUUUGACAUUUGCGUUGAAUAACAGUUGCUUUUUUCAAAAAUUGUCUACCAAAGAAACGAUUAUGUAACGGAUGCUUACCUUUAUAUUGUUUUAUGAUUCUUUUUUCGAAAUAAAAGUUGACUAGUUAAACAUUGGAAUUGUUUAAAAAAACAACGAGAUUCAUUGAGUAAUAAAAAGAUAUAUUAAGUUUUUGA